AACUUCCUGUCCUGCUUCGGGGAUUCGGACUGAGGAAUGUGGAGACCAGCGGCUACGUCACCCUCAAAUCUCCUGGGGUGUCGUCGGUAGAAAACUCCGUUAACGACUGAAAAAUAACAACACACCCUCAACAGGACGCUCGUCUCCGUCUCCAUGGUAACGUGGCGGACGCCCAGCGCUGCCUGCGAGGAGGCGGAACCGGAGAGCAGCCGAUCUGUGUGUGAGAGUGAAGGCGGAAUCAGCCGAGGAUGCCAUUUCAUGACAGAGUCUACUACCCCUACACCAGUGACACCCAGGGGACCCACUCGUCAGCAGGGAUCCCCUCCCUCCUGAACUCCCCGCUCAGCCAGCAGUCUGCUAACGGACACGCUGCGUCAGGUAUGACUCCAUCCAGCGGAGCCUCCGCCGUUCUCCCGUUCAAGUUCCGUCCCCGCCGGGAGAGCGUGGACUGGCGGCGGAUCAAUGCGGUGGACAUCGACCUGGUGGUGAGCCAGCUGGACGUGGACGCCCUCCAGGAGCACAUCGGCACCGUGACGUUCUGCAGCCUGGACGGGGAGCGGUGCCAGCGCUGCCAGAACCCCGUGGACCCGGCUCUGGUCAAGCUCCUGCAGCUGGCCCAGCUCACCGUGGAGUGGCUCCUCCACUGCCAGGAGUUCCUCACCGUCAACCUGCGGGCGGCCGAGGAGAGGCUGUCGGCCGCCGGCGGGGAGCGGGAGAAGCUGCUGGCUCAGCAGAAGAAGCAGGAGGAGAAGAUGAAGGCGCUGACCGCCGAGCUCAAGCAGCGGAAGAAGGUUAUUCGCACCCAGCAGUCCCUGCUCGCACCACGGAUCAUCAGCAGCCAGAAGUGUCCACAUUGUGAUAAAACCUUCCUCAAUUCCUCAUUUCUCCAGAAUCACAUGCAGCGCCGGCAUCCUGACGAAUACGACGUCCAGCUGCGGUCUGACAGUGAGAAGAAAUCUCAGAUGGACAGUCUGAAGCUGGAGAUCAGUGGUCUGAAGGAGCAGAUCGUUCAGCAGCAGCAGGCGUUAGCGGCUAAAGUAGCUCAGGAAAAAGAGCAGCAGUCCAUGCACAAAGACCUGCUGAGAGAACUGGAUCGUUUUAAGGCUGAGGAGAUGGCUCGCAUGGACAGGAAGAUAGAAGACAGCAGGGACGGCAUGCGCAAGGAAAUGGAGUUUCUUUACAACCGAAACAUUCAGGCUCUUAAUGAAGUGAAUCAGAAUCAAACAGCCAAGCAGGAAAAAUCCGUCAGUCCUGUGCAGCCGCAGCCAGAGAGAGAUGUGGACAUCUACAAAGAGAUGCAGAUACAAGCCAUCCAGAAGCUGGAACACCAAAUAAAGAAACAGGAUAAAAAAUGGGAAUCCAGACUGCAAGACAUUAACGCUCAGCACGAGUCUGAGAAGAAUCAGUGGCUGAAUGAACUGAGCAGGGUGCAGUCGUCGUUGUCGGAGCAGCAGGAGCGCAGCCAGAAGAUGCAGCAGGAGAUGAGCAGGAGGCUGCAGGAGAAGGAGCAGACCAUCAGGGCUCAGAGGGAGCAGAUGAGGACGAUUUCCACACAUCCACCCCCCAAAGUAGUGGAAUCACCAGUCAUUGUGAGUGCACCAGCACCGGAGCCUAAACAAAAGAGAGUUGUACUCGAAGAGCCAGUCUCUGCUCUUAAGCUGGAUCCUAUACAGGAGCUGUCAGAAGAGGAGAAAGAAUCCAGCAGCAUCUCUGAGAGAAAACCAGUGGAGAAGAAGCCAGAACCUGCACCAGAGAAGAAGCAGAGGGUGAACAGCAGCGCUCUGAAGAGGAACCCCAACAUCAAGAAAGAGAUGCGACCAGAGCUAGAACAGGCUGUCCUCAAGAAGCUGGAGAAGCUGGGCAUCAAGCCUGAUCAGAAAGGGCUGAAGAACAAGGAGCUCACUUCCAUCCUGGCCAAGGUGCAUUCAAGCCGGGAGAGCUUUGCAAAGGACAAGGCGGACUACUGGCUGCAUCGGGAGGAGAUAACCAGCGCUGUGGAGCAGAAGUUGGGUGGUGAGAGGAGAGGCAGCGAUCCGGCUCCACAGCCACAGAUCAGAUCCAGAAACACUGUUCAAGUGGUCCAGAUUCGGCCUCGGUCCAGCAGCCUUCCUUCCAGAGCCAGUCAGGUGGUAUCUGGAGUCAAACAGCCUAAAACCCCCCAACCGGCACCAAGAACGAGGACGACCACCACCCAACCGAAGACGUCUACACCCAACGCCAAGACUGCUUUAAAGGUCCUCACAAGCAAGACCCCUCCCUUCAGUUCAGACGAGGACUCUGAGGAAGAGGACACAGACAUGGAGGAGGAACUGCCUCUGACACUCCCAAAGGGCAAAUCACCACAGCCCAGACUGAACCAGGCCGCCCCAGUCCAGAUCAGAGCCAGCAGAGCCAGUCCGGUCCUGACCAGGCAGGCUGCGGUCAGACAGUCGUCCACCUCCAUCGCCCAGCAGGCCCGGACGUCGGCGGGUGGAGCGACCAAGACAGCAGUUACGAAGAUGGAGAGCGAUGAAGAGGAGGAUGAGUGGUCAGAAAUCAGCGAGCUGCAGGAGAUCGACCCCAGACAGCUGCAGAGCUACAAAGACCAGAACGGCAACGUGGACAAGAGAAACCACGGUAAAGAGAACAAAAUCAACGACCUUGCCAGGAAAAUGGAGAAGCAGUUUGCAGACAGAGUGGUGAAGAAACCAGCAGGGGGCGUGAGCAUCUUACCAGAGAGGAAGGAUGAGAUCCAGGAGCUGACGUACACAGACCUGGAGGAGAGCAGUGAGUGGAUGGUCUCCUCAUUAGAGGAAAGACUAGAAGUGUCCAAACCGGUCCAGAGCUCCGUCCUGCUGAGGAAGAGUCUGGACUCCCCCAGCACCAGCGUCUGGGGAACCUCCACAGGAAAAGCUCCCAGAUCAGGUCUGACUGAAGCUGGAACCGGCAGCACCCUGAAGAGCAGCCUGUGUUCCCUCUCUGACAUCAGCGACUCCGAGGACAUGAGCAAUAAGCACAGCUGAUCAGGUGAUGCAGCACAGACACAGACCUCAGCCACCUCCUCUGGACAAACAGACUUCAUUAAAGCUACCAAACACAGAAAAGCAAUACUUAAAGCAGGUUCAGGGUUCAGAAAAACCAUCUGAUCAAUACGCUUUCUUUUCAGUCUCACCUUUUGUGCCAAUUCUUUGCUUGCCUUAGGCCUCCUCAGUGUUCAUCUUUGAGUAGAUGUAGUUUUUUUUAUGUAUAAACCACGCUCCAUAUGAGGGACUGUUUUUGCUACUGCGAGUAGUUUGUGAAGAAUUUUGUACGUCAGAUUUUAUAUUGCCUUUAUGUGACUUUGUAUAGACGAUAUUUAUACCAGCAAUAAAAGAUUUCUUUGUAGAAA